CAGAAGAAUUUCACACUCCAUUUUAGGGUUCACUUUGUAUUUGUAAUACCAUUUCCUCGCGCGGCACUGCUUCCCGCCGCCGCCGCCGUCAGCGUCAGCACCAAUGGCAGACGCAUCUUCUCUGCCGACGGAUCAACUCGCCGCCAUCACCCUCGACGAGGUUCCCAAAGCUAAUUUCUCCGACCGCGUCCCCAUCCGAUCCAUCAUCUCCCGCACCGACGGCGGCUCGGGCCUCGCCGGCAGGAAGGCGCGCGUUGGCGGCUGGGUGAAGACGGGACGCAAAGCCGACAAGGACGCUUUCGCGUUCCUGGAAAUCAACGACGGAAGCUGCGCCGGCAACCUCCAGGUCAUCGUCGAAGCCGCGCUGGGCGAACUCGGCCAACUCGUUCCCACCGGAACAUGCGUCGUCGUCGACGGCCACCUCAAACUUCCUCCCGCUGGCACCAGACAGAAGAUCGAACUCCGCGCCGAUAAGGUCCUCCACGUCGGUCCCGUCGAUCCCGCCAAGUAUCCUCUGCCCAAAAUGAGACUCACUCUCGAGUUCCUCAGAGAUUUCGUUCACCUUCGUUCCAGAACCAACACGAUAUCUGCGGUGGCUAGAAUUAGAAAUGCUCUUGCGUAUGCUACACAUACAUUUUUCAACAAGGAAGGGUUUCUAUACGUGCACACCCCCAUUGUUACCACAAGUGAUUGCGAGGGUGCGGGUGAGAUGUUUCAGGUGACCACUUUGCUGAGUGAGGCGGAGAGAUUGGAGAAGGAGUUGUUGCAGAAUCCACCUCCGUCGGAAGCGGAUGUGGAGGCGGCUAGGGUUGUUGUUCAGGAGAAAGGGGAGGUUGUGUCUCAGUUGAAAGCUGCCAAGGCGAGUAAGCAGGAGAUUGGUGCUGCUGUGGAUCAGCUUAAGAAGGCGAAGGAGAGUUUGGCUAAGGUGGAGGAGUGGUCUAAGCUUAAGCCUGGGAUUCCUAAAAAGGAUGAUGGAAAGGUGGAUUAUGGGAAAGAUUUCUUUGCACGUCAAGCGUUUUUGACAGUUUCAGGUCAGCUUCAAGUCGAGUCUUAUGCUUGUGCUCUGAGUAGUGUGUAUACCUUUGGCCCCACAUUUCGCGCAGAGAAUUCUCACACUUCCAGGCAUUUGGCCGAGUUUUGGAUGGUUGAACCUGAGAUUGCUUUUGCAGAGUUGAAGGAUGAUAUGAACUGUGCCGAGGCAUAUGUGAAAUUUAUGUGUCAGUGGCUACUUGACAACUGCCUUGAGGAUAUGGAGUUUAUGGCUGAUAAGUUUGAUAAAGGUUGCAUUGACCGUUUGAAAUUGGUUGCUUCCACUCCCUUUAUUCGAGUUACAUAUACAGAAGCAGUGGAAAUACUAGAAGAUGCUGUGAAGAAUGGUAAGAAAUUUGAAAAUGAAGUGAAAUGGGGAAUUGACUUAGCAUCUGAGCAUGAAAGAUACCUAACAGAGGUAAAGUUUCAGAAGCCCGUCAUUGUAUAUAACUAUCCAAAAGAUAUCAAAGCAUUCUACAUGCGGCUUAAUGAUGACUUAAAGACAGUGGCUGCUAUGGAUGUGCUUGUACCCAAGGUUGGAGAGCUAAUUGGUGGAAGCCAAAGGGAAGAACGUUAUGAUGUCAUCCAGACAAGAAUAAAGGAGAUGGGUUUGCCUGUUGAGCCAUAUGAGUGGUACCUUGAUCUGAGGCGGUAUGGAACAGUGAAACAUGCCGGAUUUGGCCUUGGCUUUGAAAGGAUGAUUCUCUUUGCCACUGGCCUGGAAAAUAUUAGAGAUGUGAUUCCCUUCCCACGAUAUCCUGGCAGAGCAGAUCUAUGAUUACAAGUGGUUUUUACGAAUCUAUUGCACCAAGUAGUUAAGUUGACAAUGGAAAUGUAGUAUUUAAAUAUAGCAUAUUUUUUUUUGUGUGUGAUGGCAACACCAAUAGUAGCCUUAUUGGGGAUUCCUCUUUGCCAAACUAAUUUAUUUUGGAAGGAUGCUGGGUUUUGAUAGUUAUUUCAUUUCUUUAUCCUCCACUUUCAUGCUGGUUGUUUUCAUUCGUUUACAAACUCUGCUCUGCAAAGGUCCGGCAAUCAAUAUUUCUGUUUACUCGUCACAUAUUGUAUUCAGUAUGGAUUAUGGAUGUUCUACGCUUGACAAAA